AUGGGAGAGACAAAUUCAAAACCACAACCUAAUGUAGAUUUCUUAAGAGUAUUCUAAAGAGAAUACAAGGAAAUCGGGGAAGAAAUCGAUACUCGUCUUGGUAAUGUCAAGGUAUAUUAGGGUCCUCAAAGUAAUUUGGUAGCUGUCAAGAAUAACUUCUUAAUGAGCAAAGAGCUUAUGGAAGAAUUUGUAGAAAACAAUCUGCCAAAAGCACUAAAUACUUAAAAUCGUUACUUAAUGAAGGUACUUUCCUACAAGACUCACUCUGAAGAUAGCAUGUGUGGUUCUGUCAACGGUAUCACUACCUACCAUGAAUAUUACCAAAACACAGUUCAAGAUGAGCUCGUCAGACGUUAACAAGUCAGUCUCUACUACAUAGAACAAGAGUUAUGGGCUAUUCUCUACUCUAUUGUAAGUGCUGCUUAUUAUCUUGAAAAGAACAAUCUCAUUCCUCUUACUGACGUCCGUCCUUCUACUGUUUAUUUCACUUUAAAGGGAGAAGUUAAGCUUAUGCCUUUUGGUAUUUUCCCUGAAGAUAUCAGUGGUUAUGCUAAAUGCUUUAGCCAAAGCGAAUAGAGCUACCUUUCUCCUGAAUAGAUUGAAGAAAUGAGAAAAAGAAAGCAAGUUCCUGAUGUCAACCAAGUCAAGAGUGAUGUCUACUCUAUUGGUAUGACCAUGCUUGCUUGCGCUACUUUACAAACUAGCCCAAGCUGGUACAAUUACGAUGAAUGCUCAAUCAACUACAACUACGUUAACUACCUCCUUGACUUCUCUAAAAACUAAUACUCAGACUUCUUCUGCAAGGUUGUUAAAAUUAUGCUCAGUGAAAACGCUGAAGAUAGACCUACUCCUUCAAUUAUCUACAAAAUUUUGCAACCCUAUGAGAAGGACAUCUUAGCAUUGAAACCCUUCAAUCCUGAAAAGGAAAUCAUCAAGAAAUCUCUUGAAUAAGAAAGCUCCUAACUCAAGGUUUCAGAAUAAUAAGGAGAGAAACUUUUUGCAGACGACAACAUUUUACAAAAUGGCCAAUAAAGCAGUGUUCAAUAAUCUAACUCUCCUAUUUUCGUUAAGGUUCCUUAUCUUGGCGAAGAUGGUAAAAUCUACUACUAAUAAGCUCCCUAACAAUAAUUUGAAUAUUUGAUCUAAUAAUCUGAUGGUUAACCCAUUCCUCAAUUAGAAAAUCAAUUCUUCUACCAUGAUCAAUUCAACAACUAAACUAAUCCUGUAUAUGUUAACGAGCCUACAAACCAAAGUGGAGUUUACGUAUCUUACUCCUAACCACCUGUUCAAUAAGUUGAAUACAUUCAACCCAAUACUGCUAUCAGUGGAGUUUAAUACGUCUAAUCUGCUGCUCAACCUUAGGUUAUCUUGAAUGGAGCUAGACAACACUACUCUUAAGUUUUAACUCAACCUGUAUACUAGUAAGUUUCUUAUGAAAAUCAAUCUGCUUCAAUUCCCACAGCUUCAUAACUCAUCAUGAAUCCUGCUCCUUAAUCUGGUGUUUAAUACGUAUAAACUACCACUAGUCCUUACCACCCUGGCUAAUCUCAAAUUAUUGCUCAAUAUUCUUACAAUAUUGAAGAAAAGCCCUUUACUUCUAUUCCUUUACAACAAAACUAAGUAGCCUACCCUCAAACUGGAGCUGAAAUUACUAAUAGCCAUGUCUAAAUAAAUCCUAUGGUUAACACUAUUUAAUACACUCCUAUUAAUAAUUUAACUUCUAACUCUACUAUUCAAUAAUAGUAGCCUGCUGAAGAAACUGUUAAGAAAGCUAUGCGCCAAACUCAAAGCGACUAACAAAUGGUUAACUAAGAUAUUUAUGCUAACUAGAUCUAAUACAAUAAUGCUCCCACUUAUGGUACUACAUUUGCAGCUCAUGAACCUGAAAGUCCUAUUGGUAUGGUUAGUGCAAACUAAUAUCCUUCUGAAAUCAAUAACACCGCUGCAUUCUAAAUUGGCUCCACAACUUAUGGUGGUAUUAGAUCAGAUGCCGUCUAAUCUAGUAAUGCUAACUACCUUCCCAGUACCGUAGUUAACCAAUAAUACACAUCCACUACUACUGGAAACAAUGAUAUGAUGAAUGAAAUAAACCGUCGUAUCAAUUAAGUCCUAUAAAGCAGUUAAAAUGUCAUAAGUAACUCUUAAGUCGGAAAAUAUUAAUAAUGA